AGAGCGAAGGAGAGCGAUAAAAGCCCCUCGGAGCUGGUUCCCGGGGCAGGGGCGAGAGAAGAGGAGCCCGAAAGGCUGGAGAAGCCCGCGGCGAUGAGACGCAGGAAGACGGCGGUGGCGGCUGGCUGCUGCCUCGCCUUCCUCCUGGGCACCCUGCUCAACGUCCUCUUCGUCCCCGGCUCCGAGCACCCGCCGCCGCCCCGCGAAGGGGCACCCCCGUCCCCGCCCGGCGGCCCCCUCUACCCGCCGGAGGAGGAGGAGGAGGAGGACGGCGGCGGCGGUCGGGCCGCCCUGGAGCGGCAGAUCCGGGAGCGCUACGAGGAGGUGCUGCGCUACCGGCAGCAUCGGCCGCUGCGACCGCGGGAGCGGCGCCUGAUGGACCUGGCGCCGCCGCGCACCUCCGCGGAGCAGCCCGGGCCGCGGGGCCGAGCGGCGGCGGCGGCGGGGCCCAGGGCGGGCGCCUCGGCCGAGCUGUCGCUGGAGCCGCCGCUGCUGGGCUGCCGCGACAUCCGCAAUGUCAGCGGCGUGCAGUACCUGGGCUCCGGCUACACCAAGGCGGUCUACAAGGCGGUGCUCAACCGCACGCUGGCCGUGGCGCUGAAGGCGGUGGAUUUCGGCGGGCACGACAUCGCCCGCUGCGUGCGGCAGUUCUCCGCCCUGGGGGACUGCUACCGCCUGGCCGCCUACAAGAUCGUCAAGGAGAUGAUCCUGCUCCAGCGGCUGCGCCACGCCAACGUCCUGCAGCUCUAUGGCUAUUGCUACCAGGACAGCAAUGACAUCCCAGACACACUGACGACCAUCACUGAGCUGGGCUCGCCAUUAGAGAUGAUCCAGCUUUUGCAGACAUCCUGGGAAGACAGAUUUCGAAUCUGUCUCAGCUUAGUUCGGCUGCUGCAUUAUUUGGCUCACUCUCCGCUUGGCUCUGUGACGUUACUGGAUUUUCGGCCCCGGCAGUUUGUGAUCGUGGAUGGGGAGCUGAAGGUCACCGAUCUGGACGAUGCCAGCAUCGAGGAGAGCUCUUGCGCCAGUAACAGCGACUGCUUCAUGGAAUUCCCUGCAAGAAACUUCACCCUGCCCUGUUCAGUUGAGGGGCGGUGUCAGAAUAUGAAUGAAAAGAGGAAUCUCUACAACGCCUACAGGUUCUUUUUCACGUAUCUUCUUCCACACAGCGCUCCAUCCUCACUGAAACCAUUACUGGAUAAGAUAGUCAAUGCAACAGGAGAACUUCACUGGGGCAUAGAUGAGACGGCUGCUCAGCUAGAGAGAGUCUUGGAGCUGUACAAGAGUGGAGAGUACCUGCAGAACACGACCCGCACACCGAAAGCUGAGUACAGACGGGUGCCUGAAGCUGUUAUUCCCGAUGAGAACUACAGAUGCUGGCCGUCGUACCAUCAUAAGGGCUGUCUCCUCUCUGUGUUCGACGUCAAUGAAGCCAUUGAGAUCUGUGAUAGCUACUCCCAGUGCAAAGCUUUUGUCCUUACCAACCAGACAACUUGGACAGGUCGGCAGCUUGUCUUCUUCAAGAUGGCCUCAAACCAUAUCAUGCCUGAUCCUGACAAGAUAACGUAUGUGAAGGUGACAGACUACACCUAAAGUGGCUCCGUCUGCCCUGUGAGUGAUAAGAGCUGUUUGUGUAUAAAUAUAGGCAGCUGUUAGGUAGAAGGUGGCUGUGGCCAGAGGAAUAAUUGCACUAUUACUCAUUCUAAUCUAUAGAGUGCUAAAGAGAACUUUAAAGAAAUAACCUGCAUGACCAGGAUGAAUGUGCAAUAGAACAACGUUUUGAAAAUGUGAUUUUUAUUUUUAUUUCUAUUUUUUUUAAACAAAGCAGAAUACAAAAUAUGAUACACUGUUAGGGAAUCGUUUGGGUUCUGAAUCGGCUGGCAGCUCUGCCUUUUCUGACCAAGGGCAGUGUGACGUUUCUGACCUGUACGUGUGUGUACAGGGACCAGAGUUGUUCAUUUCUAUGGGAAGUCUGUAUCCUCCACGCUGAUGCUUACUUGGGCACAUAAAAUCACAAUGGAGUAACUGAAACGUAUCAGUUUAUAAGCUGAACAGCAAAGGUUACUGAAGACAAUCAGCAUUUGUGUUAACAGCCAUCAGAUAUGCAGUGCCUGCCUCUUGGUCAAAAGGAAGGAAUUGGUUCUGUUUAGAGUUGCAAGACUGUAGCUAAUUUUCAUCUUUGCUUCCAAUGUUAUCAUAAAGUUUCAUUUCUGAUUUAAAAGAGUCGUUUUGUGGGUCUAGCAAAUCACAUCAGCAUAUGAAUAGUCCCACUGAAAAGGUAGGGGCUUACCCCAGUGCUUUACUGAAUAGGGAUAGCCCAAAGCAUAUGCUUACAAUUAAGCCUGUGCUUAAGACUUUUGUUGAAGGGAGUUUGAGUUGUUCAGGAAGCCACAUCUUGGGCAGAGCAGUCCAGCUGGUGGAACAGGACUGGCUGAAUGACUACCUUGCAGUUACUCAUACUUUUUUAUCAUCAAAUCCUUGGUUUUCUAAGGCACCGCUUGCUAAUUCUUAGAAUGAAGGAAGGAAAAUGACCUUAAUAAUGCCGAAUGAAUGCUAGCCUUAACUCUAUAUAAAUGCGUUUUACAGGCAUGGUGUGUCUAGAGAAUUUGCUUUCAGUGAAAGCAAUAAAUGCUGAAGUGACCAAUGUCAUACUGUUUUGUAGAUUGUACAGUCAGGAGGGGAAAAAAAAAGGUGCUUUUGUUUCUCAAAAUGUUUAUUUUUGUAAGAAAAAAAUAAAAGAUAAAUACAAUUUCUUUCAUACUCGA